AUGCUGCUGCUCAGGCUCCUCGGCCUCCUCUGGAUGCUCAGGGCCUCCUCAGGGGCCACAGGGGCUUUCUCCACGGCCACAUCCACCUCUGCUGCAGCCCACCCUGCCCCGCGCUCCAGGGGUGCAGCAUGGGGGCCCCUGGGUGCUCCCCACACAGCUCCUCCCACGCCUGGCCACAGAGGAAAGACACCUAGGCCUCUCACGUCCAUUCACCUCAAACCUGGUUCUGAAAUAGGGCCCAAAUCCCCAGUCAAUGCCAACCCCUCCACCACCCCUGGGGCCACGUUCGCCAUCAGGGUUGAAACCACGCCCCCUACAGUCUUUGUCUACAAGUCUACCACUGAGUGUAUAAAUCCCAGGACCCUUGUCUUUACCGCCACCUACCCCACCACCACCUGUGUGACCAUGAUCACAGUGCCCCUCACUGGUUCAUACACUACCACUCCUGUGACACAGAAGCCAGUGACAACCAUCACCAGUACUUACCCUGUCACCACUACCCAGAAGGUGACCUCAGCCAUGACCUCUUCCCCCACCUCUACCACUAUGGGGGACACCUCCAUGAUAAUGGCCAUACCCUUCUUCUCUUCUUCAACCUCAGAUACCACCAGGGACUCUAACACAGAAACACCACGGGCCAGAACCAUCCUGAUCGCCACUCCCAGCGUGACCACUAAUCUCAUGAGUCCUGGAAGCUCCCCAACAGGUUCCCUGGCCACAGGGACUCCAGCCACACCUGCACCCUCCCCAACCAUGGCAGCCAGCAGCUCUUCUGCCAUGACUAGCAACGUGGUCAUGUCCCCCACAAGCAUGCCCUCCAACACUCCUGCAUCCAACACGCCCCCUUCUAUCAGUCCCUCAACUGUGGGCGACACCAGUCCACUGAGCACAGUGACAGGCAACUCCUCCCCCCGCACUGAUUCCGGUGUGUCCACAACCCACACUAGGACCAUCGCCUGGUCUCCCACUGUCCAGGACAUGGACUCCACACCACUCGUUAGUACAAUCCACAUCACCCCCAGUAUGCAAACUACCCUGGCAAGUUCUGAGAGCACCUGGGGAAGUUCUCUUGGUACAGGUAUUCAGGUGACAUCUGACACCUCACUGCCAACGUCCUCCUCUGCUAUAUUUACCUCUGAUGGAGGGUCCUCCUUUUCUCCUGUACAUAGUACUUUUUCUCCUGUAAGUACAGAUUCUUCCCUCUCUUCUCUUCCUACCUUCACUCUAUCACCACACCCGAGUACUCUCAUGUCAACGUCACAUGUCUCUAUGACACAUAAUGACUUGUCCACUCUUAAAACCUCUGUCUCCACCCCUCCAGUGGUAACCUCACUCACUACCUCCCGUGAGUCCAGCACAGAAGACUUCACUAGGGAGAGCACUUCCACCAAUGCAAUAAUGACGUCCUUUGGGACCUUGAUCUCUUGUACACCCACAGUAAGACUGUCCUCUCCUCUCUCUUCUCCCACCAGCAGUUCCAUGCUCCCCACUACCACCAACACUGGCCCCACCUCCCCACCUAUCUCCAAUACAGAACAAGUCGGCUCUUCCACCACCACCUCUUCUCUGUCCUCUUUUGCAACUACCAGAACUUCUCCAACCAUUUCCUCGCUGACCACAACUCUCACAGAAAUAACCCCCUUUUCUUUUAUUUCUCUUCCUUCCUCCACACCCUGCCCAGAAACUAUCACCAUUACAAUAGUCCCCACCUCUCCCACUCUUCCAUGUGUAGAAAUUGAUCCCAGCACUGAUGUUACCUCUUCUCCCACCACGCCAUUCUCGGUCCUUCCCUCUUCUACUGAAAUGGUUACCCUUCCCAGUUCUACCAGUAUAAGAACCAUGUUUCCAACACAACCGGAUGCUUCUACUUCCAUGACUCCAGAAUCUGAGCCCACCAACAUUACAACUGAUGCUCCUAGUUCUUCCGGCCCUACAACUGUACCCAUGAGCACAGAUUUAAUGAGCACCCAAAUGCCCUCCAGUGAGACCCCACCUAGCUCCGACUCUGUCACCACCCCACAUAUGCCUGGCUCCACUAAUCUCCCACCGACCACAAAGCCAAACAGUAGCCCUCCAACGGUCACGACUUCCAGCAAGUUGACACAUCCCACUCCACCCACCACUAGAAGCCCAGAGACACCAGUGGCCACCAUGAAGACUCCCACCACCCUGACGUCCCCAGGAACAACACUGACCACUACUCAGAUGACUACAGUGUCAAGAACAACCCCAGGUAACUGUGACAAUGGUGGCACCUGGGAACAGGGCCAGUGCUCUUGUCGCCCCGGCUUCUCUGGGGAUCGCUGUCAGCACAAGGACAUCGGGUGCCAGAAUGGGGGUAAAUGGGACGGCCUUAAGUGCCUCUGCCCCACCACCUUUUAUGGCCCUCUCUGUGAGUUUCCGGCGGAACAGUUGGAGCUAGGCACAGUGGAAGCCGAAGUGGGCAUGGAGGUGUCUGUUGACCAGGAAUUUUCUCCGGACCUCAAUGAUAACACUUCCAAGGCCUACAGAGAUUUCAAUAAGACCUUCCAGGAUCAGAUGAUGAAGAUUUACAAAGGCGUGCAGGGGUUCAGGGCUGUGAAAAUCCUCUCCUUGAGGAGUGGCAGCAUCGUGGUGGAUUAUCUGGUCCUACUGGAGCUGUCCUUCAGCCUGCAGUUGGAGAGCCAGUAUGAGAAGGUGAAGACUGUCCUGAAGGAAAAGCUCCAAAGUGUCAUUCAGGAUGGGGACAGCUGCCAGCAUAACCAGACCCUGUGCUUUAAGCCUAACUCCAUCAAAGUGAAUGAGGACAUCAGGACAGAGCUGACCCCGAAAGCCAUCUGUAGCAGAGCGGCUGCCAAGGGCUAUGAGGAAUUCUACUUCCCCCUGGUGGAGCCGAAUCGGCUCCGUUGCGUCACCAACUGUACGCCCGGCGUGGACGGUGCCAUCGACUGUGGACAGGGCCAAUGUCUUCUGGAGAGGAGCGGUCCCGUGUGCAGAUGUUUCUCCACUGACACUCAUUGGUUCUCGGGGUCGCGCUGCGAGAUGGCCAUCCACUGGAGGGCGCUGGUCUGGGGCCUGGCGGGGGGCGCCGGGGUGCUGCUGCUGCUGCUGGGGCUGCUGAGCGUCUGGUUGGUGCGCUCCCGGGGAAAGGACCGCCAGCGCCGAGGACAGUCCUGGGACGAGGACAGACAAUGGUUUGAGAUCUGGGAUGAAGACACCGUGGGGACUUUUUCCAACAUUGGCUUCGAGGACGACAGAAUAGUCAACGAUGAAAGCUUCCACGUGGCCUUGGAUAAUGUGGACACCAGCACGAAGGUACACAUUCAGAGACCUGAGAUGGCCUCAUCCUGGCUCUGAGCCCCAUGGGGCCUCUUCACCACCCCCUCCACCCUGCCCAGGACUGCAGGAGGGAACCAUCUACACUGCGUCCAUUUCCAGAGGUGGCCUCAGGCGCCUGGUGUCCUUGGGGCAAAUUGAGACUGUUCCCUUUAUCCCCAUCCUCCCAACUGGGCUGAAAUCCACCUGGAGACCCUGUUCACAUCCAGGCUCUUCUGCUGUGGGACCUUGAGCGACUCAGUGUUUUCUCUCACCUCAGUUUUCUCACCUAUAAAGUGGAUAUAACACA